UUUACAUUUUUUUUUCCUUCUUACCCUCGCAUUCCCCGGAGCACAGCAGGCAUUUAAGAAGUAUUUGGUGAAUAAAAGGAAAUUUAAUGUUGCCAAAUUUCUCAGCCGAAUGGGGCAGGACGGACUUCAGAGCCAGAAUGGGACUCGGAUGGCGGGUGGUUUUAAGUCCUUGGAGGUCAGCCCAAGCGCCAGAUCGCCCCCAGGAGCCAUAUAAGCCGCUGGUUUAAAUUUCCUCGACUAGCGCUGCUGGACUGAGUUGUAUGCUGGGGGCUACCGGGACGCAGAAAACAGAAAGAGGGGAUCUGAGGAGACGACACCACUCCCGGUGCGAGUCCGGGCGUCCGGGAAGCUGGAGCCACCAACCCCACCUCCGCCAGGGACUCAGCCUGGGAUGCGGGUUGGCUGGACCAGGGUCUGGAGCCGGGCGGCCGGCCGGUCCUGACGCUCUAGGCCCGCGAGGAUGACGCACCGGAAGUCUCCACUGCUCUUCGCCGGCGUGCGGGCCUGCGGACUUUUCCCGCCCACUCUGCUGCCUCCGGGGGCAGAGCACGCGCGUUCCGUGGCUUGGUGCUCGGAUCCCGGACAGAGAGAGACACAGCGAGAGAGGGAACACAAGCAGGGAGAGUGGGAGAGGGAGAAGCAGACUCCCCACUGAGCAGGGAGCCCGAUGCGGGGCUCGAUCCCAGGACCCUGGGAUCAUGACCUGAGCCGAAGGCAGACGCUUAACGACUGAGCCACCCAGGCGCCCCUGUCUUCUUCCUUUCUUCAUCAGAGAUGCUGGCAAACAAGUUGAAAUUUGAAUGACCUGUGAAAUCUUUCAUGGAGAUGACUGUCUGGGAAAAGGAAACUCUAGGACAGAUUUUGAGCUAGAGCUAAUGUAAUGCAUCCCAGCGAAGCAGUGCUUGGAACUCAGGUAGCUUUAAGCAGAGACAGAGCGAGAGAGAAAGGCAGAGGGAGAAGCAGGCUCCCAAGGAGCAGGGAGCCCGAUGCGGAAUUCGAUCCCAGGACCCUGAGAUCAUGACCUGAGCCGAAGGCAGACGCUUAACCAUCUGAGCCACCCAGGCGCCCAGUGUUUUCAUUUUCUUUGGAUAAAUACCCAGAAGAGGAAUUGCUGGAUUGUAUGAGCAACUUUCCUUUGAUGGUUUUCAAGAAGGCUGUGCUGUGAAGUGGUAAAGGUAAUGAACGUUCUGGGGCCAUGUUCGCCAUUAGAACCUGCCGGAGUAUUCUCAAGUUAGACAGUAGAUUCUCCAGGAAGCAAAAUGCCAUGGUCUCAGGGGAAACUGGUCUUUUAUUCCAGCGUGGUGGCCAGUGGGACCUGUACCUCAUAUUGCCUGAUACAAAAGGCUUUUUCCAAGGCUACCUAUUACCAGCAGGCAUUGGAACACCUGCAUGGCCACCCCGAGGCCCUGGAAGCCCUGGGCACUCCCCUCAAUGUCCACUGUCUCUGCCUCACUGACAAGUACAACUUCGUGGACAUUGCCGAAGCCCAGUUGAAGAUUCCUGUCUCUGGACCCAAGUCAGAGGGCCAUCUGCAUGUCAUCUCAUCAAGAGAUGCCCCCUUUCAGAGGUGGCACCUUCAGGAGGUCUUCUUAAAGCUUGAGGAUGGUCAGCAGAUUCCCAUGUUCAAGCUCAGUGGGAACACUGGUCGUGAAGUAAAAAAGGAGUAAAGAGGAUCAGAAAGACUCCGCUUGCUGCAAACACGGCCCUUACCUCAUUGCCACGUGCCCUCCGUGACUGGGAGCCAGGCGUCCAGCCGCAGGGGUGAUUGGAUGCUCUGGCAUAUGGUAGUUUCGGUAUAAUUCUAAUUUGACCACAACUACUGUGGGGUUUUUUAUCAGAAAUGAAAGUAUUACUAUAAAUUUAUAAAGAUUUAAUUGAUAGUUCACUGUCUAAAAACAAAGUACAGAAUAAAAGGAAUCGGUAAGAUGUUUGUUAAUUUUUGCUAGUUCUCAUCUUUCCUUUUUCCUCCCCCCUCCCCCACUCCCCAGAGUUUUCAGUUCCAUCAGUGAGAAGACCCAAGACUUACUAGCACUGAAGAGGUCUCUAAUUGUUAACAUUAGAAUGCCCUACCCUGAAUUCGUGUGGCUAAGUAGCUUGUGAACAUUCUCAAUCCCUUGGGAAUAUUUAUUUUUUUUGCUUCACUGUUGUUGUUUUUUUUUAUUUUAUUUUUUUUUAUUUAUUUGAGACAGAGAGAAUGAGAGACAGAGAGCAUGAGAGGAAAGAGGGUCAGAGGGAGAAGCAGACUCCCUGCCGAGCAGGAAGCCCGAUGCGGGACUCGAUCCAGGGACUCCAGGAUCAUGACCUGAGCCGAAGGCAGUCGCUUAACCAACUGAGCCACCCAGGCGCCCUAUUUCUGUUUUAGUCACCGGCUGUCUGCCUGAUGGAAGAUUUGCAAAAUAACUGCUUUAAUCCAAACAUUUUGGAAGCUUAAAAUAUUCAUAUGUCUACAUAGCACUUGCAAAACUAACUUAGGAAUGGUAGCUUAAAGCUACAGGUCCUUAUCCUUCUGUUCUGCAGACAACCCCAUAUUCAAGAAGCACACCUUUAGGUUUUACCUGUUUUUAGGGAACAGUAUUAUGACGUCAAAGAUCUUCCAUCCCUCUGAGCACCGCAGCUGAUGAAAAUCAGAAAUCUGAUACCUUUGCUUUGAAAAGGCCAGUUUCACCCCUUAAUGUGGUUAUAAUUGCCUACAAUAAAGGACAUUCAUGAGCUCUUUUCCUACUUAAUAUUAGGAUAUAAUAUAUAUAAGAAUCUUAAUAUAAGAAUCUUAAUAUUCUUUGGAGGGAAGCCUUUUAGAAAAUAUUGAGCUUAAACAUGCUGGGAGAGCAUGAGGCCUUUAAUCGUUGGAAGUUAUUUCUAUUCUGGAGCUUGUUUCUUUAAAAACAUACGUUCUUUGAAUAGAGUUUAGAGCGAAAAGUGAGUCUUCCCUGAGAGCACUUUUGCCCUGUGUUUGUUGAUAAACACUACAGUCUGUACAAUCUUUUAAAGUAAAUGGUAACAUUGUA